AUGAUAAUAAUUCUUCAAUUUUAUUAGUGUUUGUUUGGUUUUAUCAAAAAUUAAAAGAUACUUUUGAUUGCUGAGAAAAUAAUAAAAAUAAUAAAGAAAAAAAAAAUAUAUAUUUCUCAAAUAUAUCUAGAAAAAAGCAAGCAAAUUAAUAAAUAAAAUAAUAGAAUGAAAUCUUUGAAUCAAAAUCAAAAGAAUAAAGUUUAGGAAUUCAGAAAUAUUACAGGUGCAAGCGAAUAGCAAGCUAUUGAGCUUUUGAGCAAGACUAACUAUGAUGUCAAUACUGCAGUUAAUAGAUUCUACGAAUUAGGCUAUACAGGUACUGCCUUAAAGCAAGGAACUGGUGCAUUUGACAAAAAGUUAGAAACUUUAUACACUUAAUAUGCAAGUAAAGAAUCUUAAAAGAUUGAAAUCGAUGGUAUUAUUAAGUUUUUCGAAGAUCUUGGAUUAGAUAUUAUGGAUCCUACUACAUUAGUAAUUUCAUAUUAUUUCAAUGCUAAGAAAUCUGGUGAAUACACUAAAGAAGAAUUUUGUGGAGGCUUAUAAAAAUUAAAUGUUAGCACAAUUGCAGAUUUAAAGAAGAAAAUUCCAUCAUUAAAGGCUGAGUUAUCUACUGAUGAAGGCUUUAAGAAUGUUUACAAAUUUGCCUUCAACUUUUCUAAAGAAAAUGCCAGUUAAAAAUGUCUUGAAUUUGAAUCUGCUAAAGCUCUCUGGAGUCUUUUGUUACCUUUCAAGUUUGCCCAUCACGACGAAUGGCUUCGUUUCUUAGAAAGACUUCCCAAGGAAAAGCAAAAAGAUGUUAAUAGCGAUUUAUGGAAUAUGUUGCUUGAAUUCCAUCUUCAAACUAGAGGAGAUUUAAAGAAAUACGAUCCUUACAGUGCCUGGCCUACUCUUAUAGAUGAUUUCAUGCAAUUCAUGGGAUACUAACCUCAAGAAUAGGAAUAUUGA